GCUGACGAGGGCGAGAGACGCAAACAACUUUUUGCCGCUAGUCGCGAGCCCCGUCCCGCCGUGCAUGAGCUGUAACCUGACACCGAAGCGAGACGCUGGAAGAAGCAAGAAAGCGGCGGCGGCGGCGGCGGAGGAGGAAGCCCGGCUGCCACGGAGCCGCCGAGGGGGAUGGUGACCGCCUCCACCCGCGCCUAGAGGCGGCCAGGACGCUGGGGAAGCCGCCAGUGGGCAGAAGAGAAGCCGCCUGAGCCCCCGGCGAACUUUUCCCCCCUUGAAGGCCGGGCAGGAGCAGGCGGAUGGAGGAUGCUUUCUCCCUGGCGGGCUGUGUGAGCAAGAGGCGGCGGCGGAGGAAGCGAAGAUGAUGAAGAAGAAGCUGCUGCCGCCGCAGCACCAGCCGCCGCCUCGCCAGAGCGCGGCUUGCCCAGAGCCCCGGCUCCACCAUGUGGCCCCGUCGGCGGCUGGGGGUCCCGGGCCGGGAGCGGGCUGGCGGCGGAGGCGGCCGCUCUCGCUGCUGCCGUUGCUCUCCCUCCGCGACUACGGCUUCUGCAUGGCCGUCCUGCUCUUCUUCUGCCUCGGCUCCCUCUUCUACCAGCUCAACGGGGGCCCCCCUCACUUUCUGCUGGACCUGAGGCACUAUCUGGGAAAUUCCACUUACAUGGAUGAACAUGGGCCACCUCCUUGUAAGGUUCUUCCAUUCCCUAGCCAAGUGGUAUACAACAGGGUUGGAAAGUGUGGAAGUCGCACUGUGGUUUUGCUGUUAAGAAUUCUGUCUGAGAGACAUGGGUUCAAUUUAGUUACAUCAGACAUUCAUAACAAAACCAGACUGACCAAGAAUGAACAGAUGGAAUUGAUUAAAAAUAUAAGCACUGCUGAACAACCCUAUUUAUUCACUAGACACGUUCAUUUCCUCAACUUCUCAAGGUUCGGAGGAGACCAACCAGUAUACAUUAAUAUCAUUAGAGAUCCCAUCAACCGUUUUUUAUCUAACUAUUUUUUCCGCCGAUUUGGAGACUGGAGGGGGGAGCAGAACCACAUGAUCCGCACACCAAGCAUGAGACAAGAGGAGAGAUACUUAGAUAUUAAUGUAUGUAUUCUUGAGAACUACCCUGAAUGUUCCAAUCCCAGGUUAUUUUAUAUUAUUCCAUAUUUCUGUGGACAGCAUCCAAGAUGCAGGGAGCCUGGUGAAUGGGCCCUCGAAAGAGCAAAAGUGAAUGUGAAUGAAAACUUUCUACUCGUGGGGAUUCUAGAAGAAUUGGAAGACGUGCUGCUUUUACUAGAAAGAUUCUUACCUCAUUAUUUCAAGGAUGUGCUUAGCAUCUACAAAAACCCAGAGCAUAGGAAACUUGGCAAUCUGACUGUGACAGUGAAAAAGACCGUCCCUUCUCCAGAAGCCAUACAGAUCUUGUACCAGCGCAUGAAAUUUGAAUAUGAGUUUUACUAUUACGUCAAAGAGCAGUUUCACCUGUUAAAGCACAAGUUCGGCCUGAGAUCUUCAAGCAGUAACUCUUUCCCCAGGCAAGAAUUUGCCAUUCCUUCUCCUCUUGAAACUGAAGAGCCAAUAACAGAAGAUGAGGAACAAGAUGAUGAAAAGUGGCUGGAAGACAUCUAUAAAAGGUGAUGCAAGCAUCACUUUCUCAGUGGUUAAUAGCUCAGAUUUUUCAAACACUAAUCAUAAAAUCCCUUAAAUAAGUGAGUUAAUGUGCAGCAACAUAAAGACAUUUUCUCCCAGGUUGAAGAGAAAGGAGGAGACCUCAUUUGGGGAGGGUUUACGUGUGUUUUGAUUUUGUUUUUCUUGGCUCCAUAGGAUCAUAGUGACUAGAGUGUACUUUUUUAAAAAAAAUCUUAUUUCAUCACAAA